AUGGAUGACAUCCAUGAUUUUGAUACAAUAGAUGUGGAUCUGGAUGCGUACUUCAAAAAGAAACAAGCUUCCAGAUGCAAAGACGAAUUUCUCAAUAUUCUAUGUGAAGAAGACGAUUACGAGGCAGUAGAUGAUGCUGAAACUGGAAACGAUGCUCAAACUGGAAUCACUAAAGAAGAAUCAGAUGAAGAUUAUCUGGAAGGUAGUAACGAGGAAAGUAGUGAUGAGGAAUUUGAGUAUUCCACCCACAAUCCAAAGGUGAAAUGGAACAAAAUGAGACCAAUGCUUGGUGAAAGAAGUUGGCAUGCAGUUCCAAGUGGAGUGAAUGAAUAUGAAGUAAGGAAUGGGUUUCAGAAUUAUGGAGUUAACUUGAAGGAAAAAACAUGUGCUUGUAGAUUAUGGGAACUUUCAGGAAUACCUUGUGUGCAUGCACAAGUGGCAAUAUUGUACACCAAUCAAGAUCCGGUUAACUUUAUAAGUAGUUGGUUCAGCAAGAAUAAUUACAAAUCAACUUAUGAUCAGAAUAUACACCCAGUUAAUGGAAGUAUCUUAUGGGAAGAAACAAGUUACACUAAGCCCCUUCCACCCAUUGAAAGGAGGAUGCCAGGAAGGCCUAGUGUUAAAAGAAGAAGACAUGUUUCAGAAAAUCAAGACAAGAUGUUGGAAUUGUUAGCCAAAUAA